UAAGAUGAAUAGACAGUUUGUUUGCGUAAAUUCUGGCUGUUUUCGUGCAACACAAGAAACGCUUGUAAACUAGAAAGAAACUCGUUCAAAAUCAGUAAAUAGAAGUUGCAAAUAUGUCAGAUUUAUAUCCAAGUCUAACCAGAGCUGGCCUCACACAAAACUACCUGCAUACAAAUUCAACAACCCAUGAAUUCUUAUUUGGAGCGUUAGCUGAACUGGUAGAUAAUGCAAGAGAUGCAGCCGCCACUAAAAUCAAUGUGUAUUCGGUUGCAAAUCCUGAUCUACGUGGAGGGUAUAUGUUAAACUUCUUGGACGAUGGAGAGGGUAUGGACCCAACUGAUGUUGCAAAUAUUGUGCAGUUUGGUAAAUCAUUUAAGCGUGACGCUGGUGAUCACAUGAUCGGACAGUAUGGAAACGGAUUAAAAUCUGGUUCAAUGAGAAUUGGAAAUGAUUUCAUUCUCUUCUCCAAGCAAGGACGACAGUUGACGUGUCUCAUGCUAUCACGUACAUUUCAUGAUCAUGAAAACAUUGACAGCAUCAUCGUGCCAACACCUGUGUGGGAUUGUGACACGCGAAAACCAAUCAUGCAAAACGGGGGCAUUGAAAGGUAUGAAAUGGAAAUCAACCUAAUCAUGAAAUAUUCACCAUUUCGAAGCGAACACGAAGUUUUGAAGCAAUUUGAUAAUAUUAAAGAUCAAACUGGUACAUUGGUAGUGAUUUAUAACUUGAAGCUUCUUGAUUCUGGUGAACCAGAGUUAAACGUAACGACCGAUCCAACCGAUAUAAGAAUGGCAGAAAUGGAUCCAGAUGAUGAUAGUAAUUGGCCAGAGCGAGUUUCAUUCAAGUCAUAUGCGGCCAUCUUGUACCUAGACCCUCGUAUGAAGGUUUAUGUUCAAGGGAAGAAAAUUCGAACGAAACGACUCGCAUGCACACUUUAUAAACCUAAAAUGUACAAAUUCUCUUCAACGAGGUUUAAAAAGCGAUCAGAAGAAGAAGUUUCAAAGGCUGAGCGAGAAUAUAGGAUAGCUGAAGAGAAAGCCAGGGAAGCGGAGAGCAGCAGUCGUGAUCUUGAAAGGAAAAUGAGUUUGAAAGCGAAACCGAAGAAAGAAGAUCUUGUUGUGCUCCGGAUCGCGCAGGAGAAAGCAUCCGGAUGUAGGAAACUCGCCUCCUCUAAGAGGGAUGUUGCAAGUUUUAAACGAAAAGCGCUCAAGGACCGGAAAACGCUGGAUUUUGUGUUUGGUUUCAACGUAGAGCAUCGCAAAUAUUACGGGAUGUUUAUUUAUAACUGCAGCAGGUUGAUUCGAAUGUAUGAGAGAGUGGGACCUCAAAUUAAUGGAGGGGUGAACUGUGCUGGUAUAAUAGGAGUUGUAAACGUUCCGUAUCUAGUCCUGGAACCAACACAUAACAAACAACAUUUUGCUGACAACAAGGAAUAUAGACACCUUCUCAAAGCAAUGGGCGAUCACUUACAAUGUUAUUGGAAAGAUUCGAAAGUAGCUUCGGGCAGGGGAGUCAUGAGUUUUUGGGAAGGAUUUGGUUAUUUAUCCGAUAGCUGGACGGAUUCUCCUUCAAAUGACCCAAAAUAUGAACGUGCGAGAGUCAUGCAUAUUCCUAAAGUUAUCCAAUGCGAUGGUUGUUUAAAAUGGCGAACCUUACCCUUUCAAAAACACAUGGUGGGUCGAGAUCCUCCCGAUAAUUGGAUAUGUUCUAUGAACCCUGACACCCAACAUAACCGAUGCCAAUGCCCCGAAGAAGUUUCCCAGGUUCCCACAGGGGAGUUCCAUAAAGACACCAAGUCUACAGAACAGAAACGAAACGAUCUGGAAGAAAAAAUGGAGAAAGUGCAACGAGAGUUAGACAAAGUUUCUAAACUGCAGCCUGUAACGAGUAGUCGAGAUGCUUACAAUAAAUUACACAGCGAACCUCGUAGGCGAAGGGUGUCCUCUAGCUCCUCUGGUGGUGGUAUAUCAGACGGGGACGAGUUAUAUUCACCCACCCGACCCCACCUUACGCAAGAUUCACGCAUGAGUUCCACAAGUGUUGGGUUUAAGCGGAGGCCGGUAGAGGAUCGUAAAACUGUUGCAAAGAAGACAGCGACAUAUACUCCGAUGAGAAACUCAAAUUUUGUUAUUCCGAAAAAGAAAUCAAGAAUAGAGGAGGUUUCAGAUGACAGUGAUGACGAGUCUUUAAAAUCAUCGACACACAUAGGAAAAAUGGUUGAAUUAAACAUUGGUGGGAAGUGGCGAGCCGGACGAAUUAUUCUUUCAAAGGUUACUCCAGGUCAACCGACCAGGUUUAAAGUCAAGUUCGAUCAACAUCCACAGGAUCGUUUCGACAAGUGGGUAGAGCACGGAACGGAGGAUCUGAGGUUCGUUACAAAUUCAGAGUUGGUGACAAACGGUAAUUCAUCUGCCUCGCCUGUUAAGCAAAGGAGGAACAGCAUGCCUGGAGGUGAACCAUCUUCCUCUUCCAUUAAAGUUGAUUUGAAAACUGCUGAACUUCAAGAAAAUGCUCUAGGAAAACUAAGAACCUGUUUAAGGUACUUUCUUCCCCCACAAUGGAAGAUGCCCAAGGAGCAAAUAAACAACCUCACUUUAAAGGAAUUAGUUGAUUUUCCCAUGGACGACUUUUUUGACCAUUAUGAAAAGGGCUUGCGCCGCUUAGUGAGCAACUUCCGUACACAAGCUGACCAGCAGAGGGCAGCAGCGGACAGCGCCAAACAAGAACUUUCAGACACUCAGCAACUUUUAUUUGAACUUCUUACCAAGUUUGAUAAGGACACACCCCCAAUGGCGAAUGAAGAAGUGACAUUAUACGCACGCCGGUAUCUGGACAAUACCACUUGACGACCUUCAUUCAGUUAUCACUUGUUGCCAUAGGCGCCAAACUUUGUAAAAUGCUGGCUAUACCAAGAUAGACGCACAAUUUCUGUCGAACAAAUUUGGGUUAAAUGUUUACUACAGUAUAGAAAAAACGAAUUUGGUUCUGGUGGUUACUGAUUAAUACAGUAUAGAAUAGGCGUGCCUAACUUGCCACCCCAGGUUUGGCGCCCAUGCUUGUCACUGCAAUAUUUAGUGACGUCAUCACUGCUAUACAUGCUUAAGAACCUCACUUCAGUAUGACUGCAGAACCAAAAAUCUUCAGUAUGACUGCAGAACCAAAAAUCCAACACCCCAUUCUUUGGUUUAUGAUGUCAUUUGUUAAAAACGUUCCAUCUUACAGUGUAUUGUUUACAAUGAAAACAACUUUUUUGUGUCGUGGUCAUCAAAAACCUGACACUCAUCUUUCUGUAUCAAGUUUUUACAGUUGCGCUGAAAGUCAGUGCUAUUUCUUAUGAAACAAUUGUGAAUAAUACAGUCAAAAAUAGUUACA